AGCUAAAUGUUCCUCAUUGUCGUGUUGCUACCUCCACAGUAAAGUUGCCGGGUAUCAGCGUUGUAAUCCCACAAUGCUGCGCGCACGGCGCGUCAUUGGAGAGGGACUAUGGCGGCAGUCAGUGCACCAGAAGUGAUUACACAGCUGGAAAGCGCUGCCAAAGUUUUAAUGGCACCGCCGUCCAUGGUCAGCACAGAACAGAGGCAGCAUGCUGAACACAUAUUCCUCUCCUUCAGGAAAUCUAAGUCCCCCUUUGCCAUUUGCAAGCACAUCCUAGAGACCAGUAAGGUGGACUAUGUGCUGUUCCAGGCAGCCACGGCCAUCAUGGAGGCCGUAGUGCGGGAGUGGAUCCUGCUAGAGAAGACCAGCAUCGAGUCGCUCCGGACAUUCCUCCUCACCUACGUCUUACAAAGACCAAAUCUGCAGAAGUAUGUGCGUGAGCAGAUCCUGUUGGCAGUGGCAGUCAUCGUGAAGAGGGGCUCUCUAGACAAAACCAUCAACUGUAAAAGCAUCUUUCACGAGGUUGAACAGCUCAUCAGCAGCGGGAACCCCACAGUGCAAACCCUGGCCUGCUCCAUCCUGACCGCUCUGCUCAGUGAGUUCUCCAGCUCGAGUAAGACCAGCAGCAUCGGCCUCAGCAUGGAGUUUCAUGGCAGUUGCAAGCGUCUGUUCCAGGAGGAUGGUCUGCGUCAGAUCUUCAUGUUGACCAUGGAGGUGCUGCAGGAGUUCAGCCGCCAAGAAAACCUAAAUGCCCAGAUGUCAUCGGUCUUCCAGCGCUACCUGACUCUGGCCAAUCAGGUCCUCAGCUGGAACUUUCUACCCCCCAAUCUGGGGCGACACUACAUUGCCAUGUUCGAGGCCACGCAGAACGUCAUGCUCAAGCCUACGGAGUCCUGGAGGGAAGCGCUGCUGGACACCCGUGUCAUGGACCUCUUCUUCACUGUACACAGGAAGAUCCGGGAGGACUCGGAUAUGGCCCAGGACUCCUUGCAGUGCUUGGCCCAGCUGGCCUCCAUGCAUGGGCCCAUCUUUCCUGAUGAGAGCGCCCAGGUCUCCUACCUGGCACACCUGGUGGAGGGUCUUCUCAGCAUGAUCAAUGGGAUUGAGAUCGAGGACUCAGAGGCAGUGGGCAUCUCCAAUAUCAUCUCCAAUCUUAUCACCAUGUUCCCGCGAAGUAUUUUAACAGCACUGCCCAGUGACCUCUUCACCUCCUUCAUCAACUGCCUCACGCUGCUCACCUGCUCAUUCGGACGCAGUGCUGCCCUGGAGGAAGUGCUUGAUAAAGAUGACAUGGUUUACAUGGAGGCCUACGACAAGCUGCUGGAAUCGUGGCUAACACUUGUGCAGGACGAGGAGCAUUUUCCUCGUGGCUCUUUCGUCCAGCCAGCGAUCCAGGUCUUCAACUCAUAUAUUCAGUGUCAUUUAGCUGCCCCGGAUGGCACCCGGAACCUGUCAGUGAACGGCAUCUCUUCUCAUGAUGAGGAAGAGAUCAACGAGUUGCAGGAAGAUGACAGAGAGCUGUUCUCAGACCAGCUGUCCAGUGUCGGCAUGCUGGGUCGUGUGGCUGCUGACCACUGUGUCCCCCUGCUCACAAGCCUGCUGGAGGACCGGGUGACACGGCUGCACGGCCAGCUCCAGAGGACCCAGCAGCACCUCAUGGCCUCAUCUGAUCCUGGCUCAGUGGACCGCAAAGUCUUGGACGACCUCUACGAGGACAUCCACUGGCUCAUACUGGUGUCAGGGUAUCUCCUAGCAGACGACCCUCGGGGUGAAACGCCAUUGAUCCCGUCAGAGGUGAUGGCCUCCUCCAUACCAGGCUGCAACCGCACAGACUCAGUGAUCAGGUUGCUGUCAGCCGUGCUGCGGACGUCAGAGGUGGAGUCCAGGGCAACCCGAGCAAGCCUUACACAGUUGCUGAGUCCCCAGAUGGGAAAGGACAUUGUGUGGUUCCUCAGACGCUGGGCCAAGACCUACCUGCUGGUGGACGAGAAGCUCUAUGAGCAGAUCAGCAUCCCCCUGAGCACAGCAUUUGGUGCAGACACAGAGGGGGCCCAGUGGAUUGUGGGAUAUCUUUUGGAGAAGGUGAUCAACAACCUGUCAGUGUGGAGCUCAGAGACUGAGCUAGCUAAUGACACUGUGGAGCUGCUGGUGACACUGGUGGAAAAGAGGGAGAGGGCCAACAUCGUGGUGCAGUGUGAGAGCUGGUGGAGCCUGGCAAAGCAGUUUGCCAGCCGCAGUCCACCUCUCCACCUGCUGUCCAGCUCCGUGCAGAGAUCUCUGAUGAAGGCUCUUGUCCUUGGGGGCUUCGCACACAUGGACUCUGACACCAAACAGCAGUACUGGGCCGAGGUGCUUCACCCUCUGCAGCAGCGUUUCCUCAACCUCAUCAACCAGGAGAACUUUGCCCAGAUCAGCCAGGAGGAAGCUGUCAAACAGGAAAUUGUCGCAACGUUGGAGGCACUGUGCGGCAUUGCUGAGGCAACGCAGAUCGACAACGUGGCCUCACUCUUCUCUUUCCUCAUCGACUUCCUGUCCAGCUGCAUCGGCCUCAUGGAGGUCUACAGCAGCACGCCUGAGACGAUCAACCUCAUCAUUGAGGUGUUUGUGGAAGUGGCUCACAAACAGAUCUGCUACCUGGGAGAGACCAAGUCCAUGGAGCUAUACGAAGCGUGUCUGACGCUGCUGCAGGUCUACUCCAAAAACAACCAAAGCAGGAAGCGAAGCGAUGCCAUGGCUGAGGAGGAUCAGUACCAGGACCUACUUCUCAUCAUGGAGUUGCUCACCAACCUGCUCUCCAAAGAGUUCAUUGACUUCAGCGACACCGACGAGGUGUUUCGGAACCAAGACCAGGGAACUCCAGCCUCCGGUCGGACUGUAUCAGCCGCAGAUGUGGUGCUCUAUGGUGUCAAUAUCGUUCUUCCACUCAUGUCUCAGGACCUACUCAAGUUCCCGUCUCUGUGUAACCAGUACUACAAGCUCAUCACCUUCAUCUGUGAGAUCUUUCCAGAAAAGAUCCCCCAGCUGCCUGAAGACCUGUUCAAGAGCCUCAUGUUCUCCCUGGAGCUGGGAAUGACCUCGAUGAGCUCAGAGAUCAGCCAGCUGUGUUUGGAGGCUCUGUCUCCUCUGGCUGAACAGUGCGCUAAAAACCAGGAGAAGGACACGCCUCUCUUCAUCGCCACCCGUCACUUCCUCAAGCUGGUGUUUGACAUGCUGGUCCUACAAAAACACAACACAGAGAUGACAGUGGCAGCAGGAGAAGCUCUUUACACCCUCGUGUGCCUGCACCAGGCAGAGUACUCGGAGCUGGUGGAGACUCUGCUCUCCUCUCAGAGAGACCCCGUCACCUAUCAGCGUCUAGCCGAUGCCUUCAACAAGCUGACGGCCAGCAGUACGCCGCCCACCAUGGACCGAAAACAGAAGGUCGCCUUCCUCAAGAGCCUGGAGGAGUUUGUGGCCAAUGUGGGCGGCCUGCUCUGCAUGAAAUAACCACUGGAAAGUGACUCCGCCUUGCAAAGCAAACAGGCAAAGACCUCUACCUGCCCCGCUUAAGAAUGAUGGGUCAGAGAGACAGCUCAAAGCCUCAGAGGACCUCUCUAUCUCUCCACCUGCUGCGGGGAAACCGGCUCAUGCCUAAAUGUUUUCACCUCCUUGGAUUUCUUUUUUGUUUUUCUCCCCAACUGUUACAACCCCCACCCCGCCCCGCCAAUUUGGCGUGAUUGAUUGAUUUGAUGAAGAUGGAAACGAGGUAGCCAUGGAGACUGGAUUGCAGUGCACACAGACUCAGUCGGAGGAUCCCGUCAGACUGACGUGACUGAACACUGACCCUCAUGAUGACAAGAGGUGGAGCAGCAGCUGAUGUGGAUUGGGACGCCCUCCCCCACCCCAUGUGCCUGGAGGCUGCUGGAGCUCUUGCAACGUGCAUCGAGGGUAACACUUGUCAUUGAACAGUGAAGGAGUUGGUUGUUUUUCCAGUGAAAGUAUUAGAGGGGCCAUUUUGUUGCAAGAAUGCCACAGUGACCACCUCUCCAUUAAUGCACACACACAGGUUCCACUCUGAUAGACACACACACACGCACACACACAUUGCCCCGAUCCUCCCCAGAGUGCCUUUGUUUUGUUGAUUGUUCUGUGUGUGCAUGCAUGUCAUGCAUCAGCUGAUGACAAACUGUGCCUGCCAUUCACCAAAAACACAGUGGAUGCACAUGCGCGCACACACACACACACACACACACACACACACACACACACACACACAUAUGUGUAUAUGUGAAACGUUGUCAUGACAACACUGGUAUGGACAUCCUGGCUGUCUCUGGGCUUUCUGACCCACACAGCACAGGAGGGCAUUUGGUUGUUGGCAAUGAGAGAAAACCAAAAUCCUAGUUUCACUAAAAGGUGUAUAUAUAAAGUAAAUAUGUGUAUAUGUAAUGUUUUCAAACCAGACACCAGGAGAAAUGUACAAAGACUAAAAAAAACAAACAAAGGCUGCAAUGUUUUUAUGUGCCAGUAGAUGGCAGGAAGAGGUCUGAGUUCAACAGUGUGAAUUCAGGAAGCAGCUUCCUCUGUGUUGACCCUUCCUGCAGUUUGAUAUGUCUUCUCAGUUUGGAUUGUAGUGUUCUGUCACAACCCCCUGCCUCCUGACAGAUCGGGCCUCUAAAGUUUAGUAGAUUAAAUUGAGUAUUUUUUUACAGCAGCACAUCCACUGUAUCGCUCUUCACCACACACUGGAUUGAAGCAGAGACUGCUGAAGGACAGCAAUUACAAACCAAAUACAAAGGAGCAGAGCCACCUGCUGAAGCACUCUGUUGGAGUUCAGAGCAUUAUCCUGGUUAGAAUGGCUGUUUUGUUAAUGACAUGUAAAAGUGUACAUAAACUUAUUGUAUAACAUG